GGAAGAGCCCGUGGAAAAGACCGUGGAAGAGACCGUGGAAGAGACCGUGGAAAAGACCGUGGAAGAGACCGUGGAAAAGACCGUGGAAGAGCCCGUGGAAAGGUUCGUGGAGGUGGAUGGAACAGAUGUCGCAGAUCACAUAGAUCCCAAAGAUCCCAUUGA